AUGAUGAUUUUUACUUGUUUAAGCUAUAAAAAAAUCUUACUUGUUUUAUCGAGAAUGUUCUUAUAACAAUAUGCCUGCAAAUGACUAUCAUGUUUUGGAGCUCAUUGGAGAAGGUUCCUUUGGAAAAGUUUAUAAAGGUCGUAAAAAGUAUACUGGACAGGUUGUUGCCAUGAAAUUUAUUCCAAAAAAUAAUCGCUCACAAAAAGAACUGCGCAAUUUACAAAGAGAAAUUGAAAUCAUGCAACACCUUAAACAUAAACAUAUUGUGGCAUUAUUGGAUUCUUUUGAAACAGAAAAAGAGGUAUGUGUUGUCAUAGAAUAUGCUGAAGGUGAGCUGUUUCAAGUGCUUGAGGAUGAUAACAAGAUAUCAGAAGAACAAAUACAAGUUAUAGCUGCUCAACUUUGUGAAGCUCUUUACUAUUUGCAUUCUAACCGUAUUUUGCAUCGUGAUAUGAAACCACAAAAUAUAUUAUUAACAAAAAGUGGUGAUGUAAAGCUGUGUGAUUUUGGAUUUGCAAGAGCAAUGAGUUUUCAAACACUUGUUUUGACUUCCAUCAAGGGUACUCCAUUAUACAUGUCUCCUGAAUUAGUUGAAGAAAAACCAUAUGACCAUACAUCUGAUUUAUGGUCAUUGGGAUGCAUAUUAUAUGAGCUCUAUGUCGGUAGUCCACCAUUUUAUACAAAUAGUAUAUUUCAACUUGUCAGUCUUAUAAGGAAAGAUCCAAUUAAAUGGCCCAACGAUAUUAGCUAUGAUUUUAAGAAUUUUUUGCAAGGUCUUCUUACAAAAGAUCCCAGGGAAAGGCUGUCUUGGCCUAAUUUAUUGACUCAUGCGUUUAUCAAAGACUUUAUCAAUGUUGACUCGUUGGGAAAUAAAAAAUUUGAUGACAAGACCGCUGUUGAUGUUGCCAGAGCAAUGAAGGUUGAACAAAAAGGUGAUGGCCCAACCUGGGUAGAUCGCCUUCAAAAGCAUCAGCAAAAGAAAAGACAGUUUUUACCUAAGUUGAAGGAAGAUGAACUAGUUGAGACUCCAGGAGACAGAUUGAAAAAUAGAAUUUUAAAAAAGUCCAAUUCUGCAUCACAAGUUGCUAUAUCUUCAAACAAUGAGUGGGGAAUAAGUGUUGACUUUAGGAGAGAAGCUGAAAAUGAUAGAUUAUUAGCAAACUAUAGUUCCAAAAAGACUAGCAAAAAAGACACAAGAGAAGAAAAUAUUGAUAGUGAUGAUGAGUGGAAUAAUUUGCUUGAACAAACAAGUGCAUUUAAGUCAACUAAUAAUAUUAAUGAUUUACAAGCAGUAUUGUUAAGUCUGGAUGUGUGCUCAGCUCUUAAAGAAGCUCUUACAAAAUCACUCACAAAAAUUAAAUCUAAAACUUUGGAAGGUGCCUCCAGAUUGCGACUUCUAUUACGAAUAAUUUGCAAUUGCUUAGAUUCUAAAGUUGAUAAAGUACAAAAAUAUGUUUUUAUUAAUUCUGUUGACCUUUGUUCAAUUUUGAUAGAAGGUGUUAAGUAUUUUUCACAAUGUACAGACAUGAAUGAAGUAUGGUAUUUUUCGUGUUAUCAAGAUUUGUUAGAAAUUUUGUUACUGCUUGCUUCUAUUUGUAAUGUAGAAAUGCUACAAACACUUUUAAAAAUAUUUUCAUUAGCAGAUUAUUGUUUAGGUUAUCCAUUUGACAAACAGCAUAAAAUUAAGUCAUUGUUUAUAUCCAUUCAAUCUAAUAUGCUUAAUUGUGUUUUAAAUAAAAACAAACCAGAUCCAACAAUAGCGCUUAUAGUGUUACAAUAUCUUACCCGUGAUGUGGUCAAUAAAAUGUUUUUUAGAUUAAAACCUCUAAUGAAAGUACCACCUUUAAUUCCUUUGAUCUAUAAGUUAAUUUUACUUGUUUUGCAAAUAGAUAAUGUGUUUCGUAAAGAUCUUCUUGACCAAAUGACAGAGGAAAAUCUAAGAUGGUUUCCAGAUCAACUUAUAAAAGAUUUUAAUGAAAAUAAAUAUCUUGAGGAUGCCACAUUAUUAUUGAGUUUACUUACUGAGUCGAGUGUUCUUGCAGAAAAUGUACUUGUGUCAUGUCCACAAAUGUUAAACUGUCAUACAUCAUCAAAAUUUGAAAGCGUGAAAUUAAGUUUAUUAAAACUGUACAUACAAGUUUUGGGCAGUACAAGUGAAGCAAAAUGCUUGCCAAGUUAUUUAUACCCUGGUUGUUUAUACCCUGAUAAAAAUGCUGAUUCCUCACAAAUCUCAUACAUAUGGAUUUUAAUGUCUAUGUCUACUGAUUUACAAAUUGAAAACAGUUUAGUUGAACAUUUGUUAACCCAUGAAUUUGACACACAGGAUGUUGCACUUCCACUAUCUCAUGGAAAGUAUGAUGGUUAUGUACUAUUACUCGAAAAAAUUGUAAACACAAAUGAAAUUAAAGUUUUUCACAAAGUAGUAUCCUUGAUAGAAUAUUUUAUAGGACAGAAUACUGAUAAUGAAAACAUUGAACCCAACAUUGAGUUGUUUGCCUGGAAUUUAUUAUCUUUUGACUGUUUAUUUUUAUUAGUUGAUUUACUGCAAAGGUUAGUAUAUAAAAGACCAAAUAGUCUUUUUGGUUUAUCAGAGAUUGCUAUACACAAUAUGUACUUUGUCUUAAGUGUAAGCUUAAGACCGGAUUAUAUAAAUAAAUGGUCUUCGCAUAGAUUUUCUAAUAAAUGUAUUUUCCUGAAAGUAAAUGUAGAUAUAUUUUAUCACAACAUAAUUAAUUUGCUUUGCAUUGUAUUUACAUUAGAUAUUGAUCUAUCUGUUAUGUAUCGUCUUUUAUGUUUAUUUCAUAAAUGCUUUUUGUUAAAGUCUUUGCUCCUGUUAAAUAAAACAUAUCCGAGUUGCUCUGGGACUUUGUCCGGCUUAAUUGCUCAUUUGGUUAUAACUGAUGAAAUGUUUGUUCCGCAACUUCAAUUACUACUAUCUGCUCAAGACACCAAUCAGGUGGUACAAGACCUUUUAGUUGCUCAAGGUGACAUUGGUGUUUUAUGUGAUCUUCUUGCCACUUUGAGUCAUAUGUCCAGACAUUCAUCUGAUUAUAUUGCUUUAAUUGUUCAACUUUUUGUAUCCAAUAAAAGUGAUUUUUCUUCAUUGUUCGAUUUGUUAAGCCAUAAAGAUUCAAAAGUUGUUGCGCGUACCUGUACUUUGAUUGGGAAUUUACUACGUCAUUCUAGUUACUUAUAUGAACCAAUUGCACGUUAUAAAUUGAUUCCUCUUCUGUUAUCAAUUCUUCAAAAUCAAGAUGCUUCUCUUAGGAAGUCUUGCUCAUUCUUGUGUGGAAAUUUGGCUUAUCACAAUGACAGCUUGUAUAGUCAGUUAUCUUUUGCGAUUCCAGUAUUUUGUCAUUUGAUGAAGGAUGGAGUUGCAAAAGUCCGUUUGAAUAUUGCAAGUACUUUUGGCAAUUUAGUUAGACAUUCGCCGGCACUUUUUCCUCUAUUGGUGGAACAUAAAGUCCCAGAUAGUUUACUAGACCUGGCAUUUAACGAUAACGAUACUAACGUUCAAGAAGUGGCUUUGUGGGCUCUUAGAUUAUAUUUUAGGAAUCCUCAAUGUAAAAAGAUUUUAUUGGCAUUAGAUAUUCAUGGCAAACUAAAUCAGUUAGUUGACCAAUCUAGUUCUGGUAGUGUAACCAUUUCACGUAUGUCAUCGUUCCGAAGUAAUAUAAGCUUAAAUGGAAGUCGGCAUUGUCAAAAGCUUAUUAACAAAAUAGUUGCUUUAAACCAGUGACAUUUUAAACUGUUCGUUUGUAAAUACUGUAAAUUAUUAGUUAUUUAUAUUUAUAAUAUUUAUAAUUAUUGUGAAGUUCUAAUUUUGCUUAAUUAUUUAUUAAACGAUUAUAUAAUUGUAUAUUUGCUAAUUCAGUUUAUCUUUAAAAAAAAUUAUCAUUU